AAAACAUAUUCCAAAAUGGCCGAAUCCAGAGACCAAGUUCUCAUUGACUUUCAGGUAAACUUCUUGUAGUUAUUAGUUCAUCCUAAAUAUCAAACAUAUAUUUCAUUAUGUAAUCUCAACAAAAUCUAAUUAUAUAUUUCGAUUUUAGUUAUUGUUUUAAUUCUCUUCUCUUUCCAGUAUCUCUUCCCUUUUGCUCUUUGUCUACUUGUAUGAUUUUUAUGAAUCCAUUCAUAUUUUUCAAAUCAGCUGUUUCAUUAUUGACAUGAAAAAACACGCAACAAUAACAUUUAUAUUUUCAAGAUUGAAUUUGGUCUCAUUUUUGGAAAUAUUAUUAAGAAAGAAAAAGUUGAAGAGUUUUAUAUUAGGUUAAAUCGUACUUGAAUAAAAUUGUCAAAAAUUAUCUUAGUGAUUGUGAGUGAUUGUGUCAUUGUCAUUGUUGUUUGUUAUUAAUUUAUUAAUAAUUUAAGUGUCAUUAAUUUAAUUAAAAAUAAAACAUUAGAAAUAAGAUAAGAAAAGAUCAUUCUAUUGAUCCAAACAAAUGAAUAUAUUUUUUGAUUGCUUUGUACAUUUUCAGCCCAUAAAUAAAAUAAUUUGAACAGAAGACAUCUAUAGUCUAUAGUCAUAGUCUAUAUUAAAUUAAAUUAUUUCACCAGUGAAAAAAAAAGCCAUUAGUGAAUUUUCUUACUCUCAGCCAUAUCAAGGACUUAUUAGUUCUCAUUAAGAUUUGUGACUUCAGUGGGAGCACGCUGGUAAAUUCGUACAGAUUGGGGAACAAAAGAAUUUUUAUAUCUUUCAGUCCUCGCCCUGACGGAAAGAAUUCGUCCCAAACGGGCCGAUUGUAAGAAUCUGUGAUGAAGAGGGUGGGAUGUAUCAUCAAAAAUGUGUUUACUUUCACAAUAACAUCUUUCUUCAAAUAGUUCUUCAAGAAAAGGAUUUAUUUUGUGUUAUGUUCCUAGCUUUCUUGAUUAGUCGGUUUAUGGGGGGUUUAAUAUCAGACGUUGAAUUCCAACACCACAAGGUAAUACUGAAAUUAAGUAGGCUUCCAAUUGUUGCACUUUAGAAUAAGUUAAGAACUUUUUUGUUUACGCCGAAAUUGUAGAGUUUUUUGAGGUAGAACAGUCUUUGGUUGAAUUUCUUAUACAGCAUUUGGCCAUGCUCAUGCCAUGUUAGCUUAUUAUUAAUGGGGACAUCUAAGUACUUAUAUGCCUCCACUCUCUCUACAUUUGAUUUUUUAUGUUGAGAUCUGUAAUCUGGUCUUUCACCCACCUGAACAACCAUUUGCUUUGUUUUUAAGACAUUCAGCUGGAGAAAAUUUUCAUCGCACCAAUUGAUAACGCUUGUAACUAAGUUGCGGUAUUUAAGCCUUCUCCCUCAUAUAUUAAGAUAUGGUGGUAUCAUCAGCAAAUUUUAAGAUUUGAGUGGUGUUGCUUGAGCUCUGAAUAUCAUUGGUAUAUAUUGUAUACAGUACGGGGGAGAGAACGCAGCCUUGAGGCGCCCCGGUGCAUAUUUCUCUGGUUAGAGAGAAUUGGUCAUUUACCUUGACAUAUUGUGGGCAAUUUUUUUAAAAAUGUCAGUAUGCAAGCUUGAAUAUUUAGAUUUACACCUAACGAGGAAAGUUUCUUUAUCAUAAGGUGUGGUUUGAUAGUGUUAAAUGCGGAUGAGAAAUCUAAGAAUAGCACUCUGGCAUAUUUUUUUGGGGUGUCUAGGUGAUGGUUAAGUCUCUCCAACAAUAGUAAGAUAGCAUCCUCAGUGCUUCUGGCAGGUUUGUAAGCAAAUUGGUGGGGGGUCAGUUUUUUGCUGUACUUCAUUUAAAAUUUGUCUCAGAAUAAGUUUCUCAAAACAUUUCAUUCCAAUAGAGGUACAUGCAACAGGACGUAAGUCGUUGUUGCAACUUACCUUAUUUUUCUUUGGAAUUGGUAUGAUUUCUGAAGUUUUCCAAAUUGUUGAUAGUGUGUGAGUUAUGUAAGAUGUAUUGAAUUUGUAACCAAAAAUGUAGGAGAGCUGCUCUGAGCGUAGUUUAAUGAUUUGACCACUUAAUUUGUCUGGCCCCGAGGCCUUGGCUGCGUUCACUUGUUUAAAUAAUGAUAUCACUUCCUUUUUGGUGAACAAUAAAGUAUCAGUAUUGCCUUUUUAUUGAUACCAAGUUUAUUUUUUAUCUUAGUUAUGAAAAAAAGUUAUCACAUUUUUAAUGUCACAAUUUGGGCUUAUAUUAUAUAGAGCCUUACUUAAAAAUUACCAAGUGACAGGGUAGGGCGAGUUGAGAGCUUUGAACUGUGAUAGAACAAUUUCGGCUUCCCAGGGUUCAAAUGCGCAUACGCACAUCUCACCCUAUCCAUCAUUGGCCAACUUUUUUUUACCCGAGUCUGUAAAGUAAAGUUAAAUAGAACCCUCAAAUUUUCACAAUAGUUUAAUUAGGUAUUGGGCUUCCAUAAUAAGUUAUUUUGGUGUUAAUAUUGACAUAAAUGUAUUAAUGAGUUGUAUUUGAACAAUAGAGGGUAAUUAAAUUUAAUUUUAAAAAUUAGAUAUGUUCUUCACUCAAAAUAUCUUUCAAUUACUAAGAAAACCAAUCUUUGAAAAACUUAAAUGAGCUUGGAAAUAAGAGUAGAGUAAAUUGGCUGCUCUUUGUUCAGAUCUGAAGAGUCCAAUAUUAACUCUGUUAUCUUAGUCUAGUCAAAUUUCUUUAAGAGUUUUACAAGGGUAGCUUUACCUUAAAUAGGAUAUACCGGUUUAGCUCCACCAACUCUGUAAAUAAAAAUUCUGACAGUUCUUUAUUCACAUAAUGAUUGCAGCUGCCUUCUCUGUGAGUGUUAACGCAAACAAUUUUCAAACUUUUACAUCACUAUUUGCUAUUGUUUAUUCUCAUACAAAUCAAAAGUUGUUGCUAUAUUCUGUAUGGACAUUGUAUUUACUCUACAUACUGGACACUGAUGACAGCUUCAUGGUUAAUUGCUGACCAUUAACAACUAUAUGACCCUCAUUGACAUGGAAGCUUCAUUUUGUGAUAGCUGUUUUGAUAUUAGUUCUGUUUGAAGUUUUGCACUUUAAUAUGUUACGACCUUCUUCUUUGAAGGAUGUUCCAUGCUUAUCAAAUCUUAUAAGUGUUGUUUUGAUUUCUGGCUCCCUUGUCUUACUUCACUACAUAACACAGACAUGCUAGGUCCACACUUAAGUUUAGCAACCAAUCUUCAAUGAAAGUAUAACUGGCUUUAUUAUUACCGCAACUCACAGUUGACAAAACCUUCACAAAAUUUUUCACUACCCUUCCUCUUGUCCUCAGACAACUCUCAUCUCCACUGACUAACUAGCUUGCCCGUUCUCACUACAAUGAUCAGUCAGCAUACUGAUUAUAAAACUCCACAAAAUAACCUCGCGAACUGACCUUUCAUCACCCGACAAAUCACAACUCGCCCCCACAAAACCACUGACGAACUCAAGAUGAACAACUUUCAUAAUCAAACAUUCAUGCUCCCAAUUCCAGUUCAUAAUGUUAGCAUCCCAAGAAACUCGCAGUGACAUUCCUUUCAUUGAAUAAUAUUUCCCCUAUCUGCAAAUCAGAAAUGAAACCCAUCUCAUUGGCUAUUAUAGAUGAUGUAGAGGGUCCCGGUUUACUUGUAACUUUCCAUUGGCAGAGCUCUUUUGUAACAAAUUAAUUAUUGGUCCUGUUUUCUCAAUUGGAACUUGAUUGAAAAGGCAUAAAUACAUUUUCUAUUGUAUCACAUAAUUCCCAUUAAAAAUGGGCGGGGGGAACAAGUUUAGGAAAUCAAAAGUUUUAAGUACAAAUUAGCAUUGUCUAUCUUCCAGCACAGACACUUCAUUUCUUUGCUAUUAAAAUCAAGCAUUCUAAUAAAUUAUAAUUUUUUUUUAAAAGCAUUCUAAAUAUUUAUAAGUUCUGAUUUGAACAGAGCAAAAAAAAUUUUUUUUAUUACUGCAUUUUUUUAUUUAUGGGUUUAUAUAUUUUUAUCAACCUCUUAACUCCUCAUGUAAUUUUGAUUGCCAAUUCAAUAAAAAAAAAAGGUUUUGCAAAAAAAGGCUUUGAACAAAUCACUUGUAUUAAAAUAUAAUGUAAUUAUAAAAAUGUUAUGCCCACAAGAAAGUUAUUAACCUUAUUUUCUUUCCUUGAUAAUGAAGUAUAUUUUACCAUUUACUAUCAUUUCACAUUUUGGAAUAUACUUCACAUCACAAAAACAAAACAAGUUUUAUUAAAAUUAGAUGCAUUGUAUAUUUAGUGGGGGGGGGGGGUAUUAUUUCAGCAUAAAAUGCAUAGAGUCGCAAAACAUUUAAAUCUAGUAUCCACAUUAAGAAAGUUAUAAGAAUAAAGUGAAUGAACUUAAAUAAUUUGAUUAAAUUUGAAGGAGAAUGAUUGUUACAAGCCCUAAUUCUUUCACAAAAACAAAACAAGUUUUAUUAAAAUUAGAUGCAUUGUAUAUUUAGUGGGGGGGGGGGGGUAUUAUUUCAGCAUAAAAUGCAUAGAGUCGCAAAACAUUUAAAUCUAGUAUCCACAUUAAGAAAGUUAUCAGAAUCAAGUGAAUGAACUUAAAUAAUUUGAUUAAAUUUGAAGGAGAAUGAUUGUUACAAGCCCUAAUUCUUUUUACACAUUAUCAAAUAAUGUGAACAUUUGCUUUAAACAAAAUAUGAACAUAAUUUUUUUCUUGUGUUAAAUCUUUUGAUUUAAAAAUUGCACCCCACACACCCCUUUUUAUUCUUUAGGCUGUUACUGGUAUUGAUGACUUUGAUUUGUGCACAAAUAUACUGACUCAGCAUGACUGGAAUUUAGAGGUAAGCAAAAAGAAAAGUUGUUUAUUAUAUUGUUAAUGAGUAUUAAUGACUUUGUUGGUAUUUAUCAGGCUUUAUUUUUAUCUUUAUUUUACGGACUAAGCUACUGUAUUUUUAUUCUGGCAUCAAAAAAUUCCCUAAUAUUAACAUUUUUUUAAAAACUUGCUGUUAAAAUUAAGAAGCUUGGUGUCUUUAAAGUAAUUUCAUGUCAGUAUUAUUUAAAAUUAUGUUUGUACUUUUUCAUGCUUAUUUUUAAUCUUGUACAUUCUUGCUCAUAGCGUGCAGUUAACAGCAUCAUGGGCUUUGGCCCAUCUGAUGGUGGUGGGUUUCCACCUGAUGAGAUAGGGCCCUCCCCUGCUGAAGGAAAUAUUGAUGAUUCAACAGCAUCUUUAAAUUCCAUGGGGCUUGGAUCAGAACGUUUGGAGGGACUUGGAAUACAUCUGCGACCAUCUGAUCAUGGUGCCUCUGAUAUGGCAUCAGGACCUUCCUAUAGCUCAUCACCACUUAACUUUUUGGGGCGCAUGAUUCACUUCACUGUUGAAUAUAGAGACAAGAACAUUCCAGUUGUAUUAGCUGAUACAGAAACUGUUGGUAUGCAAGUAUUGUUUAGUUUGAAGCAUUAAAAAAAAAUGUAUUUCCUUGUUCUCUAUAGGACACUGCAACUGCUUGAAGAAGCAGGGGUUUUUGCCCUUUUUCAUCUUUUUUGCCUAGAAACAGUAUCUCUAAAAGUACAAACAGAGGUGGCGAUAGACUCAGUCGGCUUUUUUUUUUUUUUUUUUUUUACCAAAGUAGUGUCUGUCACCAGGCCUGCAUCUAGGUUUUUUUACCAAAGUAGUGUCAGUCACCAGGCCUGCAUCUAGGAUGGGGAGACAACCAUGGCACUCGUCAGGGGCCCGAGCUAGAUAGGGGCCCACCGUUUUUCGAGUUUUAAAAUAUACAUGCAUGUUUGAAACACAAAAGGGCCUCGGACUCUGUCAGCUGCCUGGGGCCCAGAAUUUCCUAGGUGCGGGCUUGCAGUCACUUCAGUUUUGCACUUUAUUAUUAGUAAACUGAAUCUUCCAGUCAUUGGUGUAAUAAAUUAAAAGUUUGUUUAGAGGAUAAUAGUUGUGUGUGGAAAUGAUAUUUAACAUCAAUAUUGCGUAAAAGAUUUUCAAAGAAUUAAUUUUAUUAAUGAAGUACAUGAGACGAUUCGAAGUUGAAAACUAAAAAUUUAACGUUAAAUGUUAAAUUCUUCAUAAAUGCUUCAUAAAUUAAAUUUUGUCAUUAUCAAAGCAAUAAAGAAACUUAAUCUGCAAUUAUAUAGUUUAUUCUAGUUUCAUUUUUAGUUUCAUUGCAACAAUGUCAGUAUGCUUUCAAAUUCUAAGUUGCUACCAUAACCAGUACUCAAAAUUUCAAAUACGCCUAACAUGCACAAAAAGCAUACUUUUGGGAAGGACUAGCAUUUAGAUUUACAAUGACACCAAGAUUACCUUUCUAUCACGUAUAGAAUAAAAGUUAUGGAUAUUUUUAUCAACUUUUUUAGGCCUAAAACCAUAAUCUUUUUUUAAAAUUAGUUUUUAACUUUCUUAUUUUUAAAGGUGUAGCAAUCAAAUUAUAUAGAGAACAAAGCAGUUUUUUUACAAAAUAAAACACAUAAAAAGUGAAUUAAUUAUAUAUUUUUCCUUUAAUUGUCAAUGAUACUUUUCAAAAUAAAAAUAAAAUAGCAUAACUAUUCAAUUAAUUAAGCUAUUGAAAUACAAUUUUCCAUACUAACAGUUAGUGUCCAGCUGAAAUUUAGUCAUUUAUUAAUUAUGUUUUCCCAUUAAAAUAGUUAACCUUCUCAUUUUAAAAAAAUUGUUGAAAAGCUACUGAAGCCGACAUAUUGGUACAUUUAAAUACUUAAUUUAAAACUAAAAAGCUGUAGCAAUAAAAUUUUCUAAAGUAACAGAUAUUGCUCCGCUGAAAAUAAUUAACCUCAUAUUUUAAAAAAAAUUGAAGAAAAGGUAUUGCAGGCUGACAUCUUGGUACCUUGAAAUAGUUCAUUUUGAAACUAUAAAGUCGUUUUAAGAACAAGUUUGAUGAAAAGCUACUGCGGACAACAUAUUGGUACAUUUAAAUACUUAAUUUUUAAACUAAUAAAGUUAUUGUAAAAAAUUUUACACAGUAACAGAUAGUGCCCAGCUAAGAGUUAAGAAAUAUUAUUAUUAUUUAUUCCACUCGCUAGGUCUCAAAUGCUUAUAAAUUUGUUUUUUCGCCAUGUUCAUAGCCAACUUUGUAAUUCUUUCUACUUCCCGUAAAGAACAAUAAUUCUGGGUGACAAUGGAAGUAGUAACCCCAGUUGCAGUGCCCUAUAAAUAGGGACAAUGAAUGCAAAAAAAAACGUUCAUUUUAUAAAUUGUAUAAAUAUUUUAAAAUAUUUAUAAUUGUAAAAAUACUUUCACCAUAAACUUAUUGUUUUCAGGUCGUAUCAAAGAAAUUCUUGAAACAGAAUUAGGCGUGCCUAGAGAUAAACAGGAAUUGAGAGGAUUAGUGAAGCGCAAAGUGGAUGACUCGGUACUAGCUAAUUUUUGAAAAAUAUUUUUUGUUUACUUUGUCAUGUGUAUAGAACAUUAGUAUAAAAUUAAACAAAGAAAAAAACACAAAUAAAUCCAAUGUUGUUGAAGCUUUUCAAAAUCUGUUUGUUUUUCUAUAAUAUGUCUAUUUCAGACUAUUUUAAGAGACUUAAACUUGCCCAAAGAAAGAAACCUUUACUUGCUGACACCUCAAAUAACAAAUCCAACUGUAAAUAAGACACAGUCUCAAGAAGGAGAAGGGUAAGAUUUUUUUGCUUGAUCCAUUGGCAUCCAUAUAUAAUUAUUACUGCAUUUCAGAAACCAACUUUCAAUCAACGUUAAAUUUAUAUCUAAAACUGUACAAGUUUUGUUUAUGUAUGGACUCUCACUUAUUUGUCAUUAAUAGUUGCUUUCACUGCACUAUCAAAUUUUGCUAUUCCUGACACUAGACUUAUUUUUUACAUCAAUGUUAAUGAUUCUGUAUUUUUUAAAUUACAAUUACCAAAUAAACUAAUUUUGAAAAAAAAAUGUAUAAGAUACUUUAAUCAGACUGUUUAUUUUCAGUACAUCACAGGGCUUGGAAGGUGAAAGAGAAUAUACACUAAAAAUUACAUUCAAGCAUGAUUCUAAAUACAGGAACUUCAGCUUAAAAUUCGAUUGUAAUAAAACUAUCAGAGAAGUAAGAAAAUUCAAUAAUUUUUCAUUUUCCCAUAAAAAUUACCCAUACAUAUUUUAUAAAAAAGAUUCUGAAAUAUUACCUACACAACCUGGUAUCAAAUUUAAUUAACAUACUCUCUUUGUUUCUUUUAAAAAUAUUUAUAUUUUUAAUUCCAUUACUGUUUGUUUUAGAUUAAAUUAGAAAACAAUUUGAAUUCUUGUUCAGAUUAGAAUGUAACUUUUAUUGAUAUUUUGAAAGUCUAACUACUAGCUUUAAUAAAACUAUGUAUCAACAAAUAAAUAAAAAGAUUUAUAUAAACUUUCUGUUUAAUGUUUAUAAAAAAAAUUGCAUAAUUAUUAUCUACAUAGAGCAGCAUUGUUGUUAAGCGUGCUCAAAAUGGAAACUAUGCUGCCUUAUUUUAUUGCACGAUUUGAAAUUUAGUUUCAUAUAUUUACAUAAUUGGUAUAGUAAAUGUCGAGCUAAUAUGAUGAAUUUAAAAGUUACUUGACACUGUGAUGUGAAUCGAAUUUCAGACUAAAAAGCAUUCCCUUAACCCGAGAUAUAAGUAUUUGAAUGUAAUUCCCAAACGAAACAUAAGGAUAUAAAUGCAUACAUACUUACAUCACCCAUCAGUGUUUGAAGUUUAUAGAAAGUUGGUAAAAAUAGUUUUCAUCCAAGACAAUGUCACCAAACUUUUGUCUUUUUAUUCUUUCUGUUUGAGUAAUUUUAUGUUCAUAUCUCUAUUAUAUGUGAUCAUUCAAACAUCUUUAAUUUUUAUAUCUCUUACUCUUAAAAAUAUAUAUUAAUCUUAUUUUGAAAGGUGAAGCAAAACUUGUUCACAUUGACAGAUGUACCAGUGAGACACCAGGUUUGGACUGGUUGGACAAAGCCAGUCUCAGAUCAGGUAAACAACUGAUUUAAAUGCAGUUGCUGAUUUUUAUAUGCUUAUUAAUGCAACAGAUGAUAGGUAGCAGUUAAUGUCUGUGUAAAAAGCAUCUAUCAAAGAGGUGUUUUAAUUUAACUCAGCAUUUAUCCAUAGAAAUAUUUUAACACAUUCCUUCAUAAUUCCCCCCAACCAACAUCCUCCAAAUUUCAAACAUGCACCUGGCCACAGACAACCUUUUGCAGUAGUAUGCCUUUUAAAAAUGUUUUUGCAUAUGUAGCGUUGUUAAAAAAUUAUGAUUUCUUAAUUUCAUUAUCAUUUGAAACUUAAUAAUAAAAUCAAUUGAUCACUUUUAAUUUUUAAAGAGAGAGAGAGAGGUUUUAUGUCAAAAGCAGUUUAUGCAGGAGUGGGUUAAGAGUCAAUGAUCUCCAAAGACUAAGUUUACUAAAGGACAAGAUAAAAGACAAGUAAAGAUUAAUGUGACAUAGUAUUUAGGUAACAAAACAUAUAUUUAUCUUUAAGGGUGAAAGUGGAUCCCUGAAAGUCUUUGUUUAUCUUUUAAUAUUUCAGGAGUAGAAAUAUGACUCACGUGAUAUAGAAAUCAUUGUUCUAUGAUUUUUAUCUUUAUUUCAAUUGAUAGGAUAAACUUUUCAAUUGUGGUCUUCAUUAUCCAUCACAUGACUUGGAAGUCACCAGAUCAGAUAUCUCACAUACCUCAAAGCCCCAAGAUGCAGAUGUGAGUGCUUUUAGCAUUUCUAUCGAAAUUAAGUCAAUUUUUUCAUGGAAUUACUUUUUUAGUAUGCUUAUUGAAGGUGUCUUUGUAUUGUGAGCUCCCCAUUUUCUCAUUUCAAUUUAUUCUGAGGCAAUGAUUCCAUAAACAUUGCUGGAUUAGUAUCAAAAGUGGGAUAAAUAAUAUUUUAUUUUGUGAAAGCUGAUCUACUUCUCAAAAGCCUUGAUUGAAGAAAAAAAACUGAUUAUAUUUUCAUUAAUAAUCAAAAUUUCAGGAGUUUAAACAUCUUUUAAAACAAUUAGUUAAAUUUCAUAGGAAAUGGAAGUUGACACUGAUGAGGAAGAUGACAAUGCGUUGGAACAUUAUUCAUUAGAUGAUGACCUCUUCUCACAAGAUGAGUUGAACUCAUCUCGAAGACUUCAGCAGCUCAGUAAGUGUGACUUGUGUUAAUGCGUUUUACAUUUGAAACUACUUCACUGGAGCUUAUACACCAUUGGCGUGAUUCCACCCUUGGAACUAAUCUAUGUGACUUGUAAUUUAGAAUCAUUCAUAUAUUUAACCCCUGAGCGGUCAGUUUAGAAUUUCCCUGAAAAAGAAUAUAAGUUUAUAACAAUUCUUAAAAUAUUCAGGCAAUACUUUAUUCAGUACUUAGAAAAGUUGCAGACCCCUACCGUAUGUCUCCAUUGCUUAUGUUGAAAUUGUUUCUGAACCAUAACUCAGUUUAUUCACGCACCAUUUAACUUGAUAUAUUGAAUUAGUCUUGAUCAUUUCAAAAUAUAAACAUGAGGAUUCUUGUCCAGUAUAAAACAAAUCAAAGUAAUUUAAUUACAUUCUAGUGCCUGAUGGCAUUGACAAUGAUAAGACAGCACUGGAACACUUCACCAAAGAAUUUGCCAAUAGGUAAGAAUCUGAUUUUGUUUUUUAAUUCACCAUUGAAUAUGGUUCUUUUAAGAAAAGAAGAAAAAAGUUAGCUACCCUGGCACACUGUUAAUAAUAAUAUGUAUUAUUUAAUUGCAUCAAUCAAACUGUCAACUUAUCUCUCUCCUUGCCUUAUAAUCGUCAUUCAAGUUGCUCAACCCUUACCAAAUCUCACAUUGCAAAAAAAUUUAUAUUAUCAACUCAAACAAGUAUUUCAUCAUUCUUAUUUUGUUAUUGUUUUUUUUUUAAUUGUUCAAAUGGACAGUACAGUAGGGUGCUAUUGAAAUGAGGGAGGGGGCUGGUCUUACAUGUCGUGUAUAAAAAGUUUGUAUGCGAUCGCAAAAUAUAUACACAGAUUUUUUAUAACAAAUAUUUGUGGAUGAUGAUGCUAGAAACUGUUUUAUAAUUUUGAAAGAAUAUAAACAAAAGAAAAAGACAUAUCUAAUUAAGAGAAGGAAGAUUUUUUCAACUAAAAUAUGAUAAUUUAUAUCAUUCUCAUCAUGUGAAAGAAAACUUUUAGCAUAAUUUUAUUUACAAAAGUUAGAACCAAAUAUGCAUAAACAUUUUUAUUUUGUUUAAAAAAAACUUUUUAGUGAAGGUGUUUAAAGAAGAUUUUCAACGCAUUUAUGCAACUACAUUUUUUUGUUUUGUUUUCAGAUAUGGAGAAUGCCACCCUCAUUUCUUCAUCGGUAGUCUUGAUGAUGCCAUUCAAGAAUCUCUGGUUGUUAAAGCUACAGAUGUGAGAAUUUUAUAUGUGAACAAAUAAUCUCAAAAAAGUUUUCUCUGCAUAUUUUCAGUUAAAAUUAACCAACUAUGCUAUCAGAAACUUAACAUUACCAACAGUUUUCUAAGACCUGUUGUUUUUUUUUUUCUAGCGCAAACUUUUAGCAGUGUACCUUCAUCAUGACAGCAGCAUUUUUGCCAAUGUAUUUUGUUCUCAAUUAUUGUGUGCUGAAGGCAUUGUGAAUUACCUCAGUGUGCAUUUUGUGACUUGGGCCUGGGACUUGACAUCUACAGAAAAUUCUAAAAGGUAUACUGGAUAUUAAUCAAUAAAACAGCUCAGUUACAUCAAAAACAUUCUUUUCAACAAAAGCUGAAAUGUUCUGGAUUAAAAUACAGUUUCUUUAGGGAACAUUUAAAAAAGUAAUUCAAAUUCCAAACAAGUAUGUUCAUAUUACUGAAAAUAGUUUUAAAAACAUACAUUAGGUCUAAAACUGGACCGAAUCAUAUAAUAUUCCAUCUGUGAAAUGAAAUAUCUCAAUAAUUCUAAUAAGUGUCUCAAUUUUGGCAUCAGAGCCGUUCUUAUAGUUUGGGGGCCCUAAGCAUAGAGCGUAGGUUGGAGCCCCGGAAGGGGGGCGGGUCUGGGGUUGGAGCUCCCUCGAGCUGAGGAGAAAACACCACCCACCGCUGCGGCACCUCCAUUCUGCCUUCAUCAAUUUUUCUUCUUUCCCAUUCCCACGGCCAAGCCCCCCGAUUGCCUGUCUGCCACCCCCAAAGCUCCCCCCCUGCUGCUUCCCUCCCCUGCCUCCGAAUUCAACUCAGAAUGAUAAAUUUCAGGAUGAGGAAAGUAAAUUGAGUGACACAGACGGCUGUAGUGCCAGUUAAAAAAAAAACAGGGUUCGAGGGCGCCUCACGAGGGCCCCCUCACGUUCGGCCCCUCACGUUCGAGGCCCUAUGCGGAUGCGUAGUCAGCGUAUGCUUAAGACCGGGCCUGUUGGCAUUCCAAAAGAUAAUGGACUAAGGGAUACACCUUUAUUGAAAAUACUCUAUGCUGAAAUAAAAUAAUUUAAAUAGAGGCUUAUGGUUUUAUUGUUAAAAAAAUUAAUAAUAAGAUUAUUACUUUUGUUCAUCAUCUUUUCAAAAGAAGGGUGGUUCUUUAAUUCAGGCUCUUGAAAAUACUAAACCUGUGUGGAUCCAAUUAUGAAACUGUGAAUAUUAAUAAAUUCAUUGAAAUUAUUUUUUACUGACAAACCAUUGUUUAUUGUAGAUGCUAUAAAAAUUAUGCAGGAAAUAAAUCCUUCUUGCUGUUGAUUUAAAAAAUGUCUCUGUGACAUUUAAAUUUUCAUUUGUCAGAUUUGUUCAAGCUGCCACUCGCCACUUUGGCAGUGUAGCGGCAACACAGAUGAGGAGUUACAGUGCGGAUCAACUGCCUUCUCUCCUGCUUAUAUCAAGAGCUAAAGCCACAAACGAGGUCAUUGAUGUAAUUCAAGGUUUGUUCCAGUCAGUUAUUAAUUUUAUUGAUUUGCAAUUCUUCCCAUUUGAAUCAUUUUAAUUAUCUUAGUUGCUGUUAUUGAUUUUUACUUUGUAUAAUUAUGGUUUUGUUAAUAAUCUGUACUACUUUCAAUUGAAGGGAAAUAUAAUUUUUAAAAGGGUUCUUGUCAUAUUUUAAAAAUGCCUGUAUUUUAAUUUAUUUUUAAAGAUAACCUAAUGAGUGUAGAGCUUAAUAAACUUGAGCUUUAAAUACAGUUUUAGAACAUGUAAGUCAAGGUAAAAAAAAAAAUUUUUUUUAAUUCCGAAAAGUUGUAUACAAACAUGAACAACAAAAACUUAUUUAACUGUGAAUGAAACAAAUGAACACAAUGCUAGCAGUUUUUUUCUUGAAUUAUAUAUAGUUUAACUGUGAGAGAUAUAUUACAGAUCAUGUCUCAGAGCACAGAACUGACAUUGUAAGGGAUGACUACUAGUACCUUAACUGAAAAAAGCUGACAAAUCUUAAGUGUCUGCAGUUGUUAAAAUAAACAAAUGAUUUCUUGUAUCAACAGGUCAUGUGACUCUAGAUGAAAUGAUGACACGUCUUAUCCAUGCCGUAGAAGUAUUUCAGGAACAGAAACAGGCAGACAUCAAUGAAGAGGUUAGUCGCAUAUAAGUGGCUGGAAACCAAAUAAUAGUAUGCACCCAAGGAAAGAAAUUAGCAUUGAAACAAAUUGGAGCUGACUUUUUUUUUGUGGGGAUUAAAGACUUUGGAAAGCCAUUUUCACUCCUCAAAUAUAAAUUCUAUCACUGCUGUGCUAAAUUUGAUCAUAAUUUUUAAAGUUUGCAUAUUUAUAUCUAAAUAGUAAUUUUUGAAUAUAACUUUUUGCUUAGCAAUUUAUCUAUGCUGUUUGUAAUUAUCUGGUUUACUUUGUCCUCUUAUAGAAAGAAAGAGAAGCUAGAGAAAGAAUUAAGCAAGAGCAAGAUGCGGCUUAUCAAGAGUCAUUAGCAGCAGAUAGGAAAAAGGUAGGAAUAUGUAUUAUGUAUGUUUUCAGAAGAAUUGGAAGUGCACAUGAACUUAAUAAUUAUUUAGUUUUAAUUUUAACAUUAUAUAGUUCUAAUAUAAUGCUGAAUAGAGUUUAAAUUGCUUACACUAUAUAUUUUGAUUAUAUCACAUCAUUUUUGAUUAAUUUAUUUUAAUUGUAAUUAAAACGGAAAGAACUUAAUCUUAUGUUAAAGAAAUUCUUCGUGCCAUACGGUUAUGUAAAUUCUACAGAAUUUUAUAUUUAAAAAGAGGCUAUAUUAGUGAAUUAUAUCAUUAAUUUUAUUUUUUCACAGUGCAAGAUGAUUUGCAUUUAAUAAUCUCUGUUGACAGGCUGAAGCCCAGAAAGUUGAAGAUGACAAACGCAGAGAAGAACAAGAACGACAGAUUGAAGAACAGAAAAAGUAUGAAAAUCAAAAGAAGGAAGCAGAACUGAUAAAACAGGUUGGUCAUGUCACAUUGUGUUAUUAAUGGGGUGAUGCAUUAAGAUCAAUUUUCAAAUUUUUAGAAGAAUUUAUUUGAAAACUACCAAACAAAUUCAAGGUAUGUUGUUAAGUCACAUGUUAUUCAAACCCAUCAUCCGUUUUUACCUGCUUUACAUGGCAAGUGGUAAUUACAGUAAAUUAUUCUGUGAACUGCUUUUUGGCCAACCAGGAAGGAUGUGAGACAUGGUAUUUUCUUUUUAUACAUUAGUGCAGUGAUUAGGAACCCGUAAGGAAUAGAUGCAACUCUGUUUUUACAAUUGUAAUCUAAAUGCCAUGGAUCUCCCAAAAUAUUUUAUAAACAGAUAUCAUUUAUACAAAUGGCUUCUCAAAAAGUUUGCAGAACCAUGCAUUAGUGAAUCAGAUGAAAAUAUAACAGGUCAAGGAGCUGGAGGUCAGAUACUUGGAACUGAUUUUUAGUGCACUUGUUGAUUAAAACAUGAUAGUUUUGUUUAGAAACUUCAAAUAAAUCUUCAGACCAUUAAAAAGUGUUCAAAAGCAUAUAUCAAAAGGAAAUAAGAAAUUAUAAUACAGUGGAACCUCUCAUAACGAGUAAUUCCCAUAACGAGCAAAAAAAAAUUUGAAGAAGUUGCUCCCUUAACGAGCGAAGUUACGCAGAAAGGGGAAGUCCCUUUUUCCCUCACUUCUGCUUGGAAAAAACUUUGGCCAGAGAGUGUUGUUAAAUGUGAUUUUGAAACAGUACCUGUGGAGUCUACAGUUAACGAGAUUGUGUCAUUCUCGAGGUGGACAACAACGAUAUUGAAGAGCUUGUCAAAGAGCACAGUCAAGAGUUGACCACCAAAGAGCUUAUGGAGUUCCAUCGUUUUUCACAGCAAGAAAUUAUGGAGGAGAGCUCAUUAAUGGAGGAGGAAGUAGCAGAGCAACAAUCUUCUAGCGCAAUAAGAGAAAUGCUAAAAGCAUGGGAAACUGUUGCAUCGUACAUUGAGAAGCAUCACUCUAAUUAGGAGGUGGCUAUUCGUGCAACAAAUUUAUUCAAUGAUAAUGCUGUGACACAUUUUCGUCAAAUUUUGAAGCGUCGGCAAAAACAAAUUUCUUUAGACAGUUUUCUAGUUAAAAACGAUUAAUUAUCUGUCAUAAAUUCAUAUUUUUAUUUACAUUUUUUGUUUCAAAUCUAAAUUGUAUUCCAAGUUGUUACACUCCUUAACAAUUCAUAAAUAAUUUAAUUUGAAUAAAUGCUAAUAAAAUUUGUUGAAAAUUUAGUAUUUUUUCAGCAUGGAACGCAUUAUCGUAUUUUACAUCGAUUUGUAUGUGGAAAAUUGUUUCGUUUGACGAGUGUUUCGCUUAACGAGUAAGAUUCUGGAACGAAUUAUGCUCGUUAUGAGAGGUUCCACUGUACUUAAAUUUAUUUUAAUACAGAAAAUCAAAUUUAUCAUCUUUUUGUUUUUGUUGCUUAAAAUAGUAAUGUGAGUUUAAAUCUUAAGUGAAUGUCAACUACAUUUCGCCGCCUGCAAUUGUUUUUUUGUGUGUGUUAUUUUACUUUUCUAACAGGCCAUAAGUAAAUCCAUUGCCAAUACAGUUCCUGAUGAACCUCCUGAGAGCAGCUUGAGUCGUGUUUGCUCUUUAAGAUUUAGAGUUCCUCACGGCCAAAUACUCACUAGGAGAUUUUUAGCAGAAAACAAUCUCGGGGAUCUCCUUAAUUUCCUCACAUCAAUGGGCUUUCAUAAAGAGGAUUACAAAGUUAUUACAACAUUUCCACGUCGAGAUGUAAGUACUUCUUUAAAAUUAUUUUUAUUGGCCUACCGUGGCUCUCUUUUUAGUUUCUACUUCUAACAUGGUCUGUGUAAUUGAUGAAUUAUUUUAUAUUAAAUUGAUUUAUGAUCUAAAGCAGGGGUCACCAAACGUUUUUCACGGCGGGGCGGACACAGAAAAAAAUUACGAGCGCGGGCCAGAUAAUCAUUCUGCACAAUACUUGCUAGCCAGAACCAAAGCUCUGGGGAAAAAAGACGAAAAACAUAAGUUUAGUAUUCCAUGUUAAUCAUGGGUGAGUGGCGUGCUAUGCAAAAAAAGCAAACGCAACCAACAUAUUUAUUUACUAAAAAGGUUAGCAAAGAAGGCGACGUUAGCAAAAAGAUAGUUACAUCAGACCUAGUGCGCACAUAUUCGAAUCUCGCAAACUAAACAGCAAAACAGGUUGGUGAGAUUUGUGAUACUAACAUUUGGCUUUCAAGAUAUCAUCAAUGUUUGGUUUGGAAUUGCUGCAUCCAAUCAAAAGAAUUUUUUUCAAAUGCUCAUCAAUCUUUCUCGUUCGAUGUGUUUAUUUCACCUGCUUUAUUUUUGAAAAGGUUUGCUCACAGACAUAAGUUGUUCCAUGUAUGCUGCAAACGGAUGCCAACUCUUCCUUUCUAUGAAAUUGGAAGUUUUUAAAUGAUGUCAAUAUUUGUUAAUUAAUUGUUAUAUAAAUACAUCUUGAUCUUUAUUCCCUGUAUAUUGGCCAGUAAAAUAUAAAUGUGAAGAAUUAAUGUUUAUUACUUUGAAUUGGACUAUCCUGAAUUCAGAGAUUAUUCUUUGCAUUUAUGCUAUACAAAUUUAGAGUUGUCUCACAUGUCAGGGAAUCAUAAAUACAAAAUACCAAACAUUUUAUUUCUCCAGCUUUCUAGUAUGGAUACAUCCUACAGCCUAGAGACAUUAAAAUUGUACCCACAAGAAACAUUAAUACUUGAAGAACGGUAGGCCAGUGAGAUUAUUUGCUACAUUUUGGGAAGAAUGGUGCUCUUUAUCAAUUUGUAUGUACAAGUGUGCAAGAGAUUAUCAACAGUUCAAGCAGAACAAAAAGACAUCAAGUUGAAAUAAAUUUUCAGUAAAAAAAAAUUUGUUUGAGAUCUUCACAAGUACCACUAUUUAUUAACAUGGAAUUUCUUUAGAAAAUUUGAUGCGCGCAAUUCAAAUAUAGUUGAGACAGAUUUUAUUUUCUAAUAAUUAACAAAAAUAUUUGCGUUAAACAAAAUUGGGCAUUAUUUAAAAAUGCAAUAGAAAAAAUGUUCAUUAGAAAAACCUAACUUACGUUUGAUUCUCAGUUUCAUUACAUUGUUUGGGGCAUAAAAGACAUUUUUUAAAGCUUUUUUUUUUAUUGGCCAGCUAUAAUUGUCAAUGAGGUGGCAAAAUAUUAUCCUCUGUCAUAAUAUUGGGAUUCUCAUUGGUUAACUGAACUAUUGCCUGCAUGAUGUGAUUGCAUUGUUAUAAAACACAUUGUUUAGGCUGGCUAAUGGUUCAAUACUGAAAUGAAGUCUCAUGAAAUACAAAAUCUCUUACUUCUUUUUUUCUAUGGAAAAAAUUUGUAAGGUCAAGGCUGAUGAUUAACUUUAGUUCUUCAGGUCUUGUUUUGGCAUUGGACAAUAUAUAAAAGUAGUUAAAGAAGUAAGUGUAACAAAUAAAUCAUAACAAGUUUUAAAAAACUGAAUAUAUUUCAGAAUUUAGUUAUUAAUCAAAGCAUAUAAAUAUUCAUACAUGAUAUUUAUAUGUUAAUUUUUAUGCACUUAAUUUUGAUCAUCAGCUUCCUUGGGGAAAUUUUAAAAAAUUUUUGCCCUAAAAAUUAAACAAGCGAAGGCUGCUCUUGCUUGGAUAGAUGGUUUGUAAGCUAAUGCUCAAAAACUCCUCCACAUAGUCAGCAUUAGUUUACUUGCUUCAAAUUUUGUUGUAGCUAAAACUUAGUUAAUUAAUAGAGAUGGUUGAGUAUUCUUUAUGUCUAACAGCUGUGAAAAGCAAUUUACCCAUUGAAAAUAAAGAAAACUUAAUUAUAUUUUUAAUAUUAAUGAAAUAUAUAUGUAUUUCAUUUUUGAUAGAACUUAGUGGCCACGGAUGAAGCUAAAUUUUUGUGUGAAUAUCUCAGUCAUGUACAGUUGGUUUUUAUUAUAUUUAUGCCUACUCUCACUCUCCUCUUUUAAUCUCUUAAUUCCCACAUGAGUGAGAUUACUCUUAGACUGCCAUAAAUGGAAACUGGCUUUUCCCUUUUUGUUAAGAAUUAUCAUUGAUGCCAGAUUUUCAGCAAAGCAAUUUUUAUAAUUUUUCUAGAUAUUUAAAAAAAAACUUGUUCCUUUUGAGAAAAAAAAAGCUAUGUCUCAGGACAUAAUUUGUGUAAAAUUUUAAGCACGGUACAUGAUUCAUACCGGGUAUUUAAGUAUGUAUAUCCAUGAGGGAUAAUACUUUGUCAAAACGUUUAUUACUACACAUUACAGCCAAAAAAAUGUGACUGGUAAGAAUAUUAAAAAAGCUGUAGUUUCAUUUUAUUUAUUUAAAUCCAACAUUGUGACAACUGCCUGCCCUCAGGUCACAUGAUGUACUAAUUGACUAAAGCUUGAAUUAACACUGUGAUAAGUGUUCAUAUCAUCAACAAAAUGUCAGAUUAAAUUUUUAAAAAGCUUUGAAUUAACAUAAACUUUAGUUUGAUUUUGAAAAUGAAAUAAAAGUGUACAAAAUUGUGUAAACAUUCCUUUGUUGUUUGUAUUUAAUUAUUUUAAAUUCAAGCUAUGCA